GGCUUGCUGGGUCGGGUUGCUGGCGCUCCGGCUCCCGCUCAUCAUCUCCCGGAAAAUGACGGCUUCUCGCCGGCCGCGAACGGCGCCUCCUCGCCGUCCCUUUUCUUCUCGGAGCUUCGUUGGGAUCCUUUUGGGGGCCCUAGUGCUCCGGUUACCCGCCUCCACCGAUGCCUGUGAUGAGAUACCAAGAUAUGAAUCAAUGAAAGCCAAGGGUAACCCUGUGCCCCCUGUAAGCCCUGGGUUCACGGCAGACUAUGAGUGUCGCCCAGGAUACAGGCUUAUUGUUCCUCUUGUUCGUCCCACCGCCACCGUUUGUCAGGCUGAUGGCACAUGGGCACCUGCUCUCCAGGAGGCUUGUACAAGAAAAUCAUGUCCACAACUAACAGAGCCCGUAAAUGGCCGCGUAGAAGGAACUUUUCAGUUUGGUUCACAGGCUAACUAUUCUUGUAAUGAGGGUUAUUACUUAGUUGGAAAACCAGUUGUACAUUGUGAAUUUUUUGGAAAUGAUGUGGCUUGGCAUGGUGACCUCCCACUGUGUGAAAAGAUUUUGUGUCAACCACCUGAACAAAUACUAAAUGGAGGAUUCACCAAUAGCCACAGGGAUAUAUUUGAAUAUAAUGAAGAAGUCGCUUACAGUUGUAAGCCUUCCGGUGGACCAGAUGAAUAUUCCCUUGUUGGAAAGAGCACACUCAGAUGUUCUGGGCCAAACAAAUGGAGUAGUGACCCUCCUGAGUGUAAAGGACAUCCCACUCCUGAUGAAACACCAUCUAAAACAUUAGGUGCUGGAGUCAUUGUUGCGAUUGUUCUUGCUGUUGAUGCUUUCAUGGCACUUAUUGUCAGCUGAGUCCUGUAUCAUCACAAGAAGAGGAAAGGGUAACUUAAAGCAUGUUUCUUGAACAUAUUGGUGCCUCUCACUCUUGAUGUACUUUUGUGUAGCUUGUGUUUACACUCUAUAUUGCAUGCAUACUUUUUCAGUGUGCCUACAUGACUGUGCCAUCAAAAUUGCAUUUCUUUACUAAAAAUAUUUACAGCGAAUUAUACUAUCAUUGUAAUGAGAAAUCUGUGUAGAGCUGCUUCAGCUAUAUGUCUA